AUGUAUAGCCCUUACCAUAGGCGUCCCUUGCCUGAUUACUUCUUUGCAUCGCCACUGGUCGCUCUGCUCUAUCCUUUCCACCAACUUCUUCUUCGUCUUCGGGGACCUCCGCGUCUUCCUUCAACAACCCAGCCGAUCCGCGUUGUUUGCAUCUCCGACACCCACACACUCGAAUGGCCAGAUGUACCAGACGGCGACCUGCUAAUUCACGCCGGUGAUCUCGCAAAUGAUGGUUCUGUGCGCGAAAUCCAAGCCGCGGUCGACUGGCUGCACUCCCUCCCUCACAAGCACAAGGUCGUGAUCUGCGGCAAUCACGAUAGCUACUUCGAUGCGCGGUCGCGUUGCGACGAAGACCGCGACGAGAAUGGCUCGUUCGCAAAUGUAUCCUCAUCGACCGCUUCAAUUCGGUCACUCGACGAUAUGAAUGCUGCAUCGCGCAUUGACUGGGGUGACAUCCAUUACCUUCAACACUCCUCUGUCGAACUGUCCUUCCCUACAACCUCAGACGCAUCAUCAGACACUCCUCUCACAAGCUCCAAUUCCCGGACUCUUACAAUCUACGGCGCGCCUCAAAUACCAGCCCUCGUCCCCUUCGGCCCUGAACACGCUUUCACAUAUCCCCCACACCACGACGCCUGGUCCCGCACCAUACCUCCGGAAACAGACAUCCUCGUCACCCACACGCCCCCACAAGCCCACCUCGACAUGUCCCCAGUCUACUCAGCCGGCUGUCCAAACCUCCUCGCGGAGACAUGGCGCGUCCGCCCGGCCCUCCACGUCUUCGGCCACAUCCACGAGUCCGCCGGUUCCGAGCCCGUCUUUUGGGACGAGGCCCAACGCGCCUGGGAACGACUCUGCACAUCACGUCGUCCACGCGCGCAACAUAGUCGCCUCAUGACACUAUUCGGGUUCUUGCGCGAUCUAUUCGAUCCCUCGGGGUGGGCGGAUGCAGCUAGAGUCUUGAUGUACGGUAUGCUUGGGGUCAUCUGGGCGCAGGUCUGGGGAGGCGAGGCUAGAGGUGGCUGGAUGGUGAAUGCUGCAUGCAUGUACCGUGCCAGUGGAAAGCUAGGCAACGCGCCGCAAGUGAUUACUUUGUGA